UUCCCUCCAUCCCUUUACGCAAAUGGCCAUCCCUUUACGCAAAUUGACUGGUAUUGUUUUUCUUCUCUUCUUCUGCCCUCCUCUUUCCCAGCCAUUAAUGUCCAGCAGAUGUCCUUCCCACGAAUCCCAAGCUCUGCUCCUCUUCAAAGCUGCCUUGAAUGACUCCAAUGGCUAUCUGAGUUCGUGGGUAAAUGGAACAGACUGCUGCACCUCCUGGUAUGGCAUUUCCUGCGACGAUAACACCAACCACGUUGUCUCUGUCUCUCUUGGUAUCUAUCAAGUAACACCAGGUACUACCAUUCCUACCUGUUUGGCAAAUCUCUCUUAUCUUCACUCUUUAGAUUUAUAUGGUCAUAGCUUUACUGGGACGAUUCCCACUUUCCUUUGUCUGCUCACCCGCCUUACAGUUCUUGAUCUUUCAGACAAUUACUUGAAUGGAAGCAUACCUUCCUGCCUUGGCAAUCUUGCUUCUUUAAGUGACCUUUCCCUAGGUAACAACCAACUUAGUGGAAGAAUACCGGCUUCUCUUGGGAGUCUCUCUUUGUUGAGGGAGUUAAGGCUUUAUAACAACCAACUGAGCGGGACCAUUCCCCCUUCAUUUGCUCACCUUUCCUCACUCACUGAAUUGUCUGCUUAUGGCAAUCGUUUCAAUGAAACCGUCUCUUCUUUGUCACUUCCACCUUCUUUACGUACUCUAUAUCUGUCAUUACACCAUUACCAGUCGAUUUCAGAAACUUUCUUUCACAACCUCACAAGAUUAAGUUCUUUGUAUUUAUCUGAUUGUGUCCUAAAUAUUAGCACAACUUGGAUUCCACCCUUUGAUUUAUCUGAUCUACUUUUAGUGUCAUGUAUGAUUGACGGUGAAUUUCCACCUUGGAUUUCAACACAAAUUUCACUUGAACGGUUGGUUAUAACUAAUGCCAGUCUUGUGGGCGUAAUUCCCUCUUGGCUAUGGGAAACCAGUCCUCAGUUAAAUUAUCUAGAUCUUUCAGGAAAUAAAUUGAGUGGGUGCAUCCCAUCAAUGUGGCCUUCUUAUAUGAGUAUACUGCUGCUCAAUGACAAUUUGUUCAGUGGCAAUAUUCAUCCAAACCUGGGCAAGUUAUCUAUUCUCAACAUGUUAAAUCUUGCAAACAACAAGAUAACAGGAGUGAUCCCUGUCAGUUUGUCCAAUUGUUCUUUACUUAUUGUCCUGAAUUUGGGAAAUAAUAGUUUGGAGGGAAGCUUACCAUAUGAGUUUAGUAAGCUGAGUGAAUUAUAUUCAUUAGUUGUUCACAGUAAUAAUCUGAAUGGAUCAUUCCCUUCUUCAAUAGCAAAUUGUUCAAAACUACAGGUUCUUGAUAUUGGAAACAAUUUGUUUGAAGGCCAAAUACCAACAUUAAUUGGAAAUAUCUCAGAGCUAAAAGUAUUGAUAAUGAAGGAGAACAAAUUUACAGGCAGUAUUCCUUUAGAGAUAGGUCAAUUAAAGCACCUCCAGAUCUUGCUCCUUUCUUCCAAUCAUAUCUCAGGUUCAAUUCCGCACACAAUUGUAUUCUUGCAAGCAAUGGCAAAUGAAAGUCAAAAUGGUUUUGUAUUAUCCACUUAUAUUAAUGGGCCAGUAUAUCAAGAUGGAUUGGAUAUGAUUUUAAAAGGUACAGAGCAGCACUACCAAUAUAUUCUUUCCACACUCACAUCCAUAGAUCUCUCAAGCAAUGAAUUGGAGGGAAAAGUUCCUUCUAAUUUUGGGGAUUUGAAGGGGCUAAGGCUUCUAAACCUUUCAAUGAACAACUUGAAUGGGACCAUUCCAAAAAGUUUUGGAGAAAUGCAUCAAUUGGAUUCCUUAGACCUUUCAAGAAAUCAUUUUUCAGGACAAAUCCCUACAGAGCUUGAAUCUCUAAGCUUUUUGGGUUCACUGGAUCUAUCAAACAACCACCUUUCAGGAAGCAUACCACAAGGAAUACAUAUGAUUGACUUUGGAGAAUCCUCUUAUUCAGGGAAUCCUAAUUUAUGGGGGUGUCCCCUACCCAGAAAUUGUUCUUGGCCAGAGUUUGUUCCUUCUCCUCCUCCAAUUUACAUUAAUAAAAUAAAGAAAAGCACUAAAUAUCCAUGGUAUGCGAUAUCAUUGGGAUUGUCCUUUGGAAUGGCUUUUGGGGGGAUAAUAUCAUUGAUCGUGAUAAAAAUCAGUUGGAGAAAUGAAUACUUUAACAAAGUUGAUGCAAUCCUAAAGUUCUUAUUUCCCUGGAUGAAGAAUUUGACAUUGUGAAGAUAUCUACAAGUCAUUGAAAGGAAUCUAUUUUUUCUUAUGAAGAUUUUUGGUGUUUCUAAAGACUAUAUUGCACAUGCUUUUGAGAAAGACAUACAUGCAAUUACAUCAUAUACUUCCAUGGAGGAUAGAUUUGAAAGUAUGAACAACAUACAGAUUGUGUGGAAACUUUUAUUUAAGAUAGUGAUAUAUGCAUGUUUUUCUUUUGCUUAAAUUUUGUUUUGUAGUGCUUUUGUAUCUCCUCUAUCCCUGAAAAGCAGAACAAUAUGGGUGGAUAUAUGUAGAACAACAAUACUUUGCAAAACUUUCUUAAAAAUGGUAACAACA